AUGACAGACCUCCUGAUCCUGGCGAAUGUGGCAGCUUUCGGCACGCAGCUCCUCACCAAGCAGGGUCUCACGGUGUGGGGUGCCAAGGUGAACCAGUUGAUUGUGGCCGGUCAGUACUGGCGGCUCAUCACACCCGCCUUCCUGCACGGCAACCUCGUACACUUGGCCAUCAACUGUGCCUCCCUGAAUGCCCUGGGGGGCACCCUGGAGGGACUGUCUGGGCGGGAGAGGCUGGCCUCUGUCUACAUGGUGGCUGCGGUCACGGGCAACCUGGCCAGCUUCUGGGGCAGCCCCUCGGUCUCGCUGGGGGCCUCAGGGGCGAUCUUUGGGCUCGGCGGCGCCCUGGCCAUUUUCUUCUACCAGAAUCGCAAUCUGUAUGGCCAGCGCAGCGAUUUCGUGCUCAGGCAGCUGGGCCAGACACUGGCGCUCAAUGUGGUCUAUGGCUUCGUGAGUCCACGUAUAGACAACUGGGGGCACCUGGGCGGCCUCGUCGGUGGCGUGCUCGCCGGGUACCUGCUUGGACCCAGGCUGUCGCUUGCUGAGACCGUGGACGGCCGUAAAGCGAUUGUGGAUGAGCCGCCGCUCAGGCUCUUUGCCAGGGACCCAGUGAUCCUGCCGCUGCCGGGGGGUGGGCGUGGGAGACAGGGCUGA